AUGGCUCCUCGCCAGCAAGACAAGGCCAAGAGCGUGGCCGCCCCGGGCAAGACGAAGUCCGCGAGCGCCGCCACCGCGGUGACCAAGCAGCACAAGAAGGCUGACAAGUCGCAGCACAAGAAGAAGCUCCUCGCUGCGGCUGCCGAGAAGAAGGCCAAGCAGGCCGCCAAGCAGGAGGCUGCCGGCGCCGCGGACGCCGGCGCCGCCGAGGAGAAGCCGGCUCCCACCAUCAAGUUCACCCCCUCGGACACCUUCCAGAAGGCCUCGGCCUCCGGUUUGGUGGAGCUCCUUGGGCAGUUCGUCGAUGCAGGCUCCAAGGCCCCCGCCAAGAUCCCGGGUCUCUCCAAGGCCAUUCUCGCCAAGGCGGCGCAGGUCCAGCCUGCGACUGAGAUGGCCUACCUCCUGCGACGCUGCAUCCGUGGUCUGGCCUCGUCCGAGGUGACCCUGCGCGGGCACUUCGCCGAGCUGCUGGUCCAGCUGACCGGCGCCCAUGCGCAGGCCCUCACCUUCGCCACUUUCGCCGACCUGGCCGAACAGAACCUCAACACCCGGACCUCGGAGAUCCGCGACACGGUCCUCACGCCGGCCCUCUGUCUCCUGACGACGGUUCUCCUCCGGACCGGGCUCCUCUUCGCCACGCCCGAGGGCUUCACCGCCUGUCUGGAUCGCCUGCGCGAGCUCUUCACUCCGAAGCGUGCCACCCGGCAGGACGUCAUGCCCGUGUACCAGGCCAUCCUGGCCGAGUGCCUGUCGGCCAACGGGGCCGAGGAUGAUGACCCCCGCGCGGCUCUUCUGCCGGUGCUGCUCGAGCACCUGGCCGCCCUGGUCCGCCUGGACGUCCUGAGCCCGGAGCUCAUUGCACUUGCGGUGCAGCUGACCGACCAUGCGGCCGCCGGGGUGCUGACUCUGCCGGCCAAGGCCAACCUCUUCCCGCAGCCCACCUGGGCCGCCAAGACCGCCGGCUGCCUGGCGCACCCGUCCAACAUUGACCUGGCCAUCAUGGUCAUCCUGGACGACACGCAGGUGUGCCUGAACAUCGAGCACCCGCUGUGGCGCGCGCUGGCCAACAACUUUGCCCGGCGCAGCAACGGCCCGAAGGCCGUGUCCUGGGUGACGCACAGCUUUGCCGCCUUCUGGUCGAAGAUCUUCGAGCAGGGUCUCCUCCAGGUGGAGAACUACACCAAGCUCGAGCUGGCGCUGACCUUCGUGGCGCAGCUGGCCGCGGCCGGUGCCUCCGGUAGCGUCCUCUUCCAGGCCCUCUCGCCGAACCUGGUCUACCAGUUCCGCCGGGCUCUGGUCACCACCAAGAAGCCGAUCCAUGCCCCGGCCAUGGCGCUGAUGAAUGCCCUGAUUGCUCGCUGUGCUGGUGAUGUGGAGCUUACCCUGCAGAUGUCCUUCUGGACGGUGCAUGCGUACCUCCCGCGCGCCUUCUCCACCGCGGCCAAGAAGCAGCUGCUGUCCUUCCUGUAUGCGGCGCUCCCCAACCGGGUCGCCCUGCUUGCCCGGCUUCAGGAGCUCUUCUACGACCCGCGCCCCCUGCUGGCUCGUUACCUUCAGGCCACCGGCGGGCAGAGCCGCAAGUCCUCGGCCGCCGAGGAGGCCGCCAACCCGGCCCUCGCGGCCGAGGCCGCCGCCUCCGCCCAAUCCCAGGAGGCACACCUGGCCAACAGCCUGCGUCUCUUCCUGCUGGAUCACAUGCAGAUGAUCCUGCGCCAGUCCGACAGUGUCAGCACCCUGGUCGAGCCGCUGCUCAGCCUGGCCCUGUGUGUUGGUCACUUCCAGGUCAGCCCCGAGGCCAGCCUCAGCAGCGAGGGGAGCCUGGCGGUGCCGGCCGCCCUGCAGGCCGAGGCCACUCGGCCGGCCCCGACCCCGGCCUUUGAUGCCCGGGUGCGGUCCGUUUCGCGGACCGCCCUGUCGGCCCUGCUCUUCGCCGGGUGCCAGCUGGCCCCGGGGCAGGCGACCGCCGCCCCCCCUGCCGCCAGUGGCGGCCCCGCUGGCCAUGUGACCCUGUCCAGCAAGCUCGAGGCCAGCAUCCGGCUGAUGCGUCUCGUGGGCGACGGGUUCAUGGCGCUGGCCGGUGCCACGGCCGGCGUCGUGAAGCUGGCCCGGCCGACCGAUGAGCUGGCUGUGCCGGAGCCGGCGGUCGACCCGGCUGACGAGGUGGCCGCCCUGGUCGAGGCCCAUGGGCUGCUGACUGCCAGCCUGGCCGCCGUGGCCAAGCAGCGCGGCCAGCUGGCCGCCGAUGAUGCCACCAGCCCGGCGUACCUGACCGUGUUCGAGCUCCUGGCGCGGACUUUCUUCUUCCAGGUGUUGGUGGGCGAGCUGCCGAUCGAGGGGUUCACCGAUCAGCUGAGCGAUCUGGACCAGGCUCGGGCGGCGCUCUUCCCCAAGCCCUCUGGCCGGGGGAAGGCCCCGCUGGCGGUGUCCCUGGGUGCCGUGGCCGCGGGCCAGCCGAGCCCGGUGGCUGUCGUGGUGGACAUGCUGCUGGCCAUCCUGAUGCAGCCGAGCCAGCUGCUGCGUCUGAUUGCGCAGCACUCUUCCGAUGUCUUCUCGCAGAGCUGCGACUCGGAGUCGGUGCAGCUGCUGGCCAAUGUGCUGGCUGCCUCCACGGGAUCGCUGGUCGAUGGCGAAGGGGCGGAGGAUGCCGAGGAUGACAUCCCCGAGGAUGAGGAGAUGUCUGACGGCGAGGCGGCCAGCGAUGGCUCCGACUCGGAUGGUGCUUCCGAUGCUUCGGACAGCUCCGACGAUGAGGACGAGGAUGAUGACGAUGAGGACGACGACGACCUGGAGUCCAAUCGCCUGGAGCUGACCCCGGAAAUGCGGAGCCUCCUGACCGGGAGCCGCGCUGCCGGCGAUUCGAAGAUGGCCGACGCAUCGGGCUCCUCCGACUCCGGUUCCGGCUCCGAGGGCGAGGACGAGGACGAGGACGACGAGGUGGCCGAUGAUGAGCAGAUGUUCGCCAUCGAGCAUCAGCUCCGCAAGAUGUUCAAGCUGCGCCGCCUGCAGGCGCAGGCUGAACGCAAGAAGACCCGCAUCUCGCAGGACUUCCAGAUCAAGGUCCUCUCCUUUGUGGACACCAUCAUCUCGCACACUCGCAAGCCGGAGCCGGUUGCCGAGCUGCUGCCGAUCGUCACGCGCCUGGCCCUGGGCACCAACACUCCGGAGUUGCUGUCCCGUGCGGCGCAGACCCUCGGCAAGUUUGGGCAGUUCCGCCCGAGCAAGGAAAUCGAGCAGGAGGAUCUGCGCGCGCGUCUUGUCGAGCAGCUGGAUGACUAUGCCAAGUCCAUCCGGACCAUCAAGAACACCACCACGUCGGUCUCCCUGCAGGAUCUCCUGUCCAUUGCCUUUGUCACGACAGUGCGUCUGCUGGAUGUGUCUGCCUCGACCGGUGGCAAGGCCGCGGACUCGUCCAGCCCGCUGGGCAUGGCCCAGGGUCUGGUCCUCGACCUGGCCAGCCAGGGCGAGGUCAACAGCGUGGUGGAGGACUUUGUGGCAUUCACCGUCCAGCGCCUGUCGGUGCUGGCUGGGCCGGUGCUGGCCGGUGUUGCUGAGCAGCUGGCCGCCGCGGCUGCCGCCAAGUCCACGCGUGACCUGCACCGGCAUCUGCGCUUUGCCGAGAAGCUCCUGCUGAACUUGUCGGGCGCCGACCACUAUGCCCCUCUUGUCAGCAAGUUUGUGCUCGCCGCGCGCGACAUCAUCCAGAUGCUGGCCGACAAUGAGGACAUCUCCAAGAACUGGUUCCACACUCGGACUCUGCUGCAGCUGCUGAACACCAUCCUGCGUCGCUUCCGCCGGAACCUGCCCGAGGACGAGAUCUUUGCCAAGGAGCUUCACACUGCUCUGGAUGGGACCCUGUCUAAUGUCGCCCUGUUGGCCCGGUGCCCUCAGUGGCGUUCCAUGAUCCUGAACAUCCUGGAGGGUGUCGGCCUGAAGUCUACCGUCAUCGUGGUCGGCAAGCGGUCGCCCAAGUCUCUGGUCCAGAAGGCUUCCACUGGCGGGGUUGUUGUCGCCGCUGCCGAUGUUCAGAACCUCCGGAAGCAGGGUCGCAAGGAGCGCCGCCGCCAGGCGGCUCAGGCCAAGCGUCAGACCACCGCCGAAGAGGCCGAGUCCAAGAAGCGCACGCGCUCUGAGGACGAGGAUACCAAGGUGGAGGAGGGUGCCAAGCCCGCUGAUGAGGAUGCCAAGAAGGACGCCAAGAAGGACGCCAAGAAGGACGCCAAGAAGGACGCCAAGAAGGAGGCCGAGAAGGACACCAAGACCGACGCCCCGUCUAAACGCCGCCGCAUUGCCGAUGGCAAGAAGUAG